AUGUACAAUCCAGUUCCACUGAUAAUUGAUACUAAAUUUAACAAAUCUAGCACUAAACCAGAAAGCAUUCGCCCAGGAUAUGACUUGAAAUAUGUAAUGGAUCAUUUAGUGAAAUAUGGUAGUUACAACUAUCAUCGCAUUGAAAACAUGUGUAAAAUGGAAAAGCAAUAUGAUGAUUUAUCAAUCAUUAAUCCCGGUGAAACACCACAACAAUGGGCCAUCCAUGUAAAGGAUGAAGUGCAAAAAUUGCGCUCUAGAGGAGUGUAUAGUAUAUAUCACACACAAUGUCUAUUCGCAUCAUCAGGGCAGGGAACGAUCAAAACAUUCUAUAUAAACCAUGAAGAAUAUAUGAAUCAUAUUAGCUACCGCAGACCCCAAAUACACAAAAGCAACGUAGCACUGUGCUUUGAGUGCUGGAGAGUAGUUACUGUUGAUAGAGAUAUAAAAACAGAAAAACAAUAUACUACUUCAAGGCGCAGAAAAAUAGAAAUAGAAGUAGUUUUACCUCUCACAUUCAAGCACAAAUGCAUGAAACCCUCACCAAUACCCCCAAAACCAUAUAAUAUAAAGCCAACAUGUCCACCAUAUCACGAUUAUACUAACAGAAGUUUACUAGAUUAG